AUGGCCAAGGACAGCAUGCUGGAGGCACAUGUGUGCGAGAACACCAACGUGACGAUACACCGAGUACCCAUACCUGAGCUUCCACGCCCAACAUCAAUUCUCAUCAAGGUCCAUGUCGCCUCUACUAAUCCCAAAGACUGGAAGAUGCCCACCGGCAUGCUCAAAACCAUCGGCGACUGCCCCAAUUCGGGCGACGACUGUGCCGGCACCGACUUCCAGGUUGGCCAGCGUGUGAUCGCCCUACACCAGCUCGGCGCCCCUUACGGUGUAUUCGCCGAAUACUGUAUCGUAGAGGACUUCGCAUGCAUUCCCAUCCCCGAUGAUCUACCCUUCGAGGCCGCGGCGACCCUUCCGAUGGCCUACUUCGUGGCAGUCAUCGGCCUCUACGCACCGUCAAGUCUUGCGCUAGCAGAAGGCCCCUGGGAUGCGCGGAAGCCCGGUCACCCACUUGAGAAUGAACCACUGCUCGUCUACGGCGCUAGCACCGCUGUGGGGACAAUGGCAAUCAAGCUCGCGCGGAUAUGCAAUAUACAUCCAAUCAUCGCCAUCGCUGGUCGAGCAAAGGACUGGGUGGCUGAAGAACUCCUGGAUGCCUCGAAAGGCGAUGUUGUGUUCGAUUAUCGCGACGGCCACGACGCGCUUGUUGAGAAUCUGAAAUCAGCACUUAAGGGCAAAAGGGCACGCUACGCGUUCGAUCCUGCCACUGACAAGGGCUCAUAUCUCACCUUGGCGGAAGUUCUUGAGCCAGAUGGGAAGAUUGUGUUGACGCUGCCUGGAAAGGCAACGCAAGAGCUGAAGCAGGCGCAGAAUGGGAAGUUUGCGGGGUUGCAGGUGUCGCAUGCAAUGGCUGGGAGUUUGUGGAAGGCGCUUGGGGCAAGGCCUGGGCAGGAGGAUACUGGGAAGGACAAGAUCAAUCUGGGCCUCACUGGAUCGGAAGGUCCGACUUUUGGGAGGAAGAUGAGUGCUAGCCUUGCACAGUUGCUCAAGGAUGGAAGGAUACAGCCGAGGAAGUAUGAGGUCAGGGAGGGCGGGCUCAGGGGCUUGGACGGGGCGUUGAAGGAUUUGAGGGCGGGCAAGAACAGUGCGAUGAGUUACGUGGUGCGCGUGAGCGAGACGGAAGGCAUCGACUCUUGA